AUGAACAAGACAUUGGGAUGGAGGAAGUUUACGUUUAACCCAAAGCUGGGCGUUGAUAAUCCUGUCCUCUCCUUGGCGGAAGACCGAGACCCCUCUGGACGCAGGGUCUGCCAGUCACACGGUGGACCUGUGCUUGGGCUGUGCCCUCUCCUCCCCCUUUUCUGCUGCUCACCUCCCCCUCCAGACCCCUGGAGCCUGGAGCGGCCUCGCUUCUGUCUGCUGAGCAAAGAGGAGGGCAAGAGUUUUGGCUUCCACCUACAGCAGGAGCGGGGCAGGGCUGGGCAUGUGGUGUGCAGGGUGGAGCCAGGCACCUCUGCCCAGCGCCAGGGUCUCCAGGAAGGAGACCGGAUCCUGGGGGUGAACAACGAUGUCGUGGAACAUGAAGACUACGUGGUGGUGGUACGCCGCAUCCGGGCCAGCGGUCCUCGGGUGUUGCUGACGGUCUUGGCGGGGCAUGUGUAUGAUGUGGCCCGAGCUCAGCACAGGGACAAUGCCCACCUCUGCCCUACCCUAGGCCCGGGGGUGCGGCCCCGGCUGUGCCACGUAGUGAAAGAUGAAAGUGGCUUUGGCUUCAGUGUCACCCAUGGUAAUCAGGCUCCUUUCUGGUUGGUGCUAAGUAUUGGAGGAGCAGCUGAGCGGGCAGGGGUGCCCCCUGGGGCCCGACUGCUGGAAGUGAAUGGGGUCAGCGUGGAGAAGUUCACUUACAAACAACUCACCAGGAAGCUUUGGCAGAGUGGAGAGCAGGUGACCUUGCUGGUGGCAGGGCCAGAAGUGGAGGAACAGUGUCGCCAGCUGGGAAUGCCCCUGGCUGCACCCCUGGCAGAGGGCUGGGCACUGCCCACCAAGCCCCGCUAUCUGCACCUAGAGAAAGGGCCCCAGGGCUUCGGGUUCCUGCUCCGGGAGGAGAAGGGCCUUGACGGUCGCCCUGGGCAGUUCCUGCGGGAGGUGGACCCUGGACAGCCAGCUGAGAAGGCCGGGAUGCAGGCUGGGGACCGGCUGGUGGCUGUGGCUGGGGAGAGCGUGGAGGGGCUGGGCCAUGAGGAGACAGUGUCCAGGAUCCGGGCGCAGGGCUCCCAUGUCUCCCUGAUUGUCGUCGACCCUGAGGCUGACCGCUUCUUCAGCAUGGUUCGCCUGUCCCCACUCCUCUUCUUGGACAGCACAGGGGCUCCUGCCUCUCCCCAUGACACCUGCUCAGCCUCUCUGGCUGAGACUAGGGACCCACCACUGGCAGACACAGCUGAACCUCCUGGCCCUCGGGGCUCCCACCAGUGCAUCCUGUACCCUGGGCCUGGCGGCAGCUAUGGCUUUCGACUCAGCUGUGUGGCCAGGGCGCCCCAUUUCUUCGUCUCCCAGGACUGGGCUCUGGCCUCAGAACUGCUGUAAAGUACCCCUGCUUGGCACAGAUCAACCCAGUGGCUUUCCUGUCUUCACUAUCCAGCCUGAGAUCUCUCUCCGAGCUAGAGGGCCGGAGCCCUGGGACUCAGACACCACCAAUCACAGGGUUGCCCAGGGCCUCCCUCCCUCCCUUCCCAUGGACCUGCCUCCCAGAAGAGGGUGUGGUCAGAGGUCUCA